AGUUUCCCUUUCCGGCGCCUCUUCCUUUUCCGGUCCUCGAGGACGCUGUGGCGCCCGGUGGUAGUCUCCAGCCCCGGUGUGGGAGGCGACAGCAGGCAUGGCGAUGUUUGAGCAGAUGAGAGCGAACGUUGGCAAGUUACUCAAGGGCAUCGACAGGUACAAUCCUGAGAAUCUGGCCACCCUGGAGCGCUACGUGGAGACGCAGGCCAAGGAGAAUGCCUAUGAUCUAGAAGCCAACCUGGCUGUCCUGAAGCUGUACCAGUUCAACCCGGCCUUCUUUCAGACCACGGUCACCGCCCAGAUCCUGCUGAAGGCCCUUACCAACCUGCCCCACACCGACUUCACGCUGUGCAAGUGCAUGAUCGACCAGGCACACCAAGAAGAACGGCCGAUCCGGCAGAUUUUGUACCUCGGAGACCUGCUGGAGACCUGCCACUUCCAGGCCUUCUGGCAAGCCCUGGAUGAAAACAUGGAUCUCUUGGAAGGUAUAACUGGCUUUGAAGACUCUGUCCGAAAAUUCAUCUGCCACGUCGUGGGCAUCACUUAUCAGCACAUUGAUCGCUGGUUGCUGGCCGAGAUGCUCGGGGACCUGACGGACAGCCAGCUGAAGGUGUGGAUGAGCAAGUACGGCUGGAGUGCCGACGAGUCAGGCCAGAUCUUCAUCUGCAGCCAGGAAGAAAGCAUUAAGCCCAAGAACAUCGUGGAGAAGAUCGACUUCGACAGUGUGUCCAGCAUCAUGGCGUCCUCCCAGUAGCUCUGCAGGCCUUUAAUAAAGAUUGGUUGACUUCUUAA